UCCCCAGUUGAACGGAAUUAUGCAGGAAACUAUGUCUUCUGUUCUUAUAACCGGGUCGCGUAUUGUGUGCUGUCAUAUCUUCAAAAAGUACGAGGUUGUGGAUCGAAAAGACCUUCGAAUGUCUAUGGGCAUUGCCAAUCAGAGUGAAGAGAUGGAUUGGAACUGGACGAUGCCCUGUACGGCUGUACCUGAAUAGAUUGAUCGCAGGAUCAAUAUCUAUGUACAUGCAUGCGCUCAAUCAUCAUGUUACCUCCCACUGAACCUCGUGACGAGGAUCUAUAUUUCUCUCAAUUAGGCUGUUGAAUAUUCUUGAUGGAUGAUGCAGCUAUUUGCAUACAACUAUGUG